AUGCACCUACCGGUUCGAAAGACAUGGCAGGUGUUGCGGUUGCCUCUUAUUGUUGACUAUCUUUGAUAAAUAAACGGUUACUUGGGAGCCCCUCGAAGGACAAUGAUAACGGGUACAUUACAUAAUAAUUCGUGAAAAUUUCUUUUGAAUAACCUCACUUCGAAGCCCACUGUAAAAAUGUCGAGUACGCAAGAAGCAGAGUAUGGUUUCAUUGAAGGUUCAAAGCCUCAAGGAGAGGGGAAAUGCAUGCGUGAAAGGACAGAAAUACGAAGAGGCUAUGUUUCAUUACACGCAUGCGAUCAAAAUUGAUCCACAAAAUUAUUCUUUGUAUAGUAAUCGAUCGUUUACCUUUCUAAAAUUGCAACAAUACCAUUUGGCAAUGGAAGACGCUUUAAUGACAAUUCAAUUGAAACCUGACUGGACCAAGGGUUAUUUUAGGAAAGGUGAAAUAGAAUCCCAAACAUUUCGCUUUAGCGAAGCACUUCAAUCUUACAACAAAGCAUUAUCUCUUCAACCAAACGAACCAACUAUUUUAGAAGCAAUGAACAGAGUAUCCAGAAUGUUGAUUAAAGAUAAACGAGCUGAUCAACAAAUACCUUGGCUUGGAGCUGGUGUUGGUAUUAUACUUGGAGUAAUAGUUGUAAUUGCUGAUUACGUCUUUACAAAUAAACCUACAUUAACGCAUCCCCUUUUGAUGGCCUUGUUAACAAUGUCUAUAGCAAUGCUAGGUUUUGGUAUUGCAAAAGGAUUUCGCUAUUUUGUAAAGUGUCAAAGAAAAUCACUUUUGGAUCCACCUGUAGAUCUGUUUGGUGAAACUAAAGAAGAACUUGAUGAUGUUGAUGCUGAAAUGAGUAGUGAAAAGGAGAAACAUCCAAAGUACAGUAAAGCGCAAGCGCGACAAAGAUUCAAGAAAGGAAAAUCAUAGUGUGUUUUGAUACUAAUUAUAUAUAUAUGCAUUUCUAUGUAAAUUUAAAAUUUAAAAUUCAUACACUUUUUAACAUCUCAGGAAAACUGAAUGUCUACGACCAGUUAUUACAUUGGCAGAAGAAUAUAUACACACUGUUUACAUUUUAUACCUAAGUUAUUGUUAAAUAAUAUUAAAAUAUUGAGAAUGCGUGACAGACUUUCCGCGCUUCUUUAUAUUUUAUGUUGAAAAAUUCAUAUGGCAAACCAAACAUGCUAGUUAAUAAUUAAGUCAAUCUAUUCCAAAUACAACUAUAUUUCAAACUGUUUGAGAUAUAUCAUAGGAGAUAAGGCUGCAAUGAAAAUAUAAUUGUCAGUUAUUUAGUACAAAUAUUUCUAAAAUCCAAAUUGGAAGAAAAAAAAAUCUGCUUAUUAUAUGAAUUGCAACCAUAUUUAAUGAUAUAGAAUGUUUCAACGUUUAAACAAAAUGGGCAACAAAUUUGACGUUAACAUUUUUACAUCCAUAUAUAUAUAUACUGUAGGAUUGAAUAAUACGAAGAUUAUUCUAUAUCAUAUACAACGAAUUAUCUUGUUCUUAAAUUCGAAAAUUCUGCACUUACGAAACAUAAUAAACACAAACAAACGAACUAAUCAUAAUUAAAUAUUCGAGAGUUGUUUAACCCCCUACUUAACACUUUAACUGUUGGGAAAAAAUUAUGUUUGUUACGCGGGCUUAAUGUCCGCCAAUAAAACGCAUGUAACAGUCGAAGUGUUAAACAUUAUACUAAACAACGACACAACGGAAUAUACGAUUACAUAUAGGAUAAAGUAUGUUAUUUGAAUUUUAAAACUAAUAUACUAGAUACAUCACCCCUCUGCUAAAAUAUGAAUAAUCACGAAUAUAGAAUCAAGAAUUUCAAAUUUUUUCAUACACACUUUAUUCAAUGAGCUGUAUUGAUCUUUCCUCGCUUAAGGGAAACUAGAAAUCCUAAUGUCAAUAUAAGAAUUUUCAAUAUUGCAAAUUCAUAUACAUAUACGUCGCUACAUUACUUCUAUAAGUACAUCUUCAUAGUAAUAUACAGAGUAGAUUAUUUAUAAGCAAAUUAUACGUACGUAUAGAACUUUACAGAUUUAAUAGUGUUGUAUAGAGACAUAUAUAUAUAUAUUUAACUAUCUGUUUUGUUGAAUUGUUAUGUAGAUUCACUUAUCAUACUAUGCCAAAUACUUUAACUGUUCUGAACCAUCCGAGAUAUUUACACGAGAGCACUAACGUUUUUCAUAUAAAAUUUUCAUAAGUCCAAACUUCUAAAAAUUAUAACGUUUCAAACUAUUCACUCAAAUUUAUUAGCAACGAUCUUUAAUUAAUGGACGCUCUUUACUUGACCAUAACGUACAACACGAGUCUGCCAUUUAUAAUUCAUUAUUAUACGCGGCCAUCGUCAUAUCGAUACGACGGCGAAUUAUACUAUCGAAUGAAUCAAUAUCCUAACAAAUACAUGGUUGGAUCUUCUUCAAAUUAGUUUAUUAAUAGCAUCUUACGAUUAACCAAAGUGUUGACACAGUGUGUUUACUGAGACUUAUAAUCUUUAUACGAAGGUAACAUUUUUACGCGAAUCGAGUCCGUAAAAUUUGUAAUAAAAUUUAUAAUUGUGUUUAAUAAAAAAAAAAAAAGAAAAAAAAAGAAAAAAAAAUAAUAAUAAAAAAAUACGACAUGUAAGAAUUUUUACACGAACUGCAACGACCGGCCGGAUUUACCGGCACCGUGAGAAUUUUUCUUAUAUUUAUACGAAUUCGUCAGUGAUCGUAAUUAUACGCGAAGUACCCUAAAAUAGUUUUCUACGAGACGAAACACAAAAGAAUACAGUAUGUGUUUUAGCGAGAGAUGUUAGCGAUAACACGUUUUUCCGCAACCGCAUUGGCUGUACGCCAGGUGCUUGAGACUCAGUUAUCCGAGGAUCAUCGAGAGCUCAUUAAGUGUAAAUUCAAAUGUACAAGCUGUUACUUAGUUAAGUACACGUAUUCUUUCGAACUGUC